UUUAAUAUUAGAUAUUCUGUUUUUAGUGCAUCCAUGGCGUCAAGUCAUUCCACAAGUACGUACGAAUCAAGUGAUUACGAAAUGGAAGUGGUACGUGAUUCCGAAGAAGAAGAAGAGUACGUACCAGAAGAGAAAAAGAGGAGGAACAAGAAGAUAACAGUGUGGAGCGAGAAGGACGAGAUUACUAUUUUGGAAGGGCUAAUCAAACUCCAGAAAAUAUGUUCAUCCUUGGGAAAAAAAAGCAACAUGAACCAAUUUUAUUCACUUAUCAAGGAUUCACUAGUGGCUGAUGUAUCAAGUGAGCAGUUCACCGACAAGAUCAAACGUUUAAAGAGAAAGUUUAUGCAAAACAAAAAGAACAAACUGGCCGAUCCAAAUUUGUCAAUUGAUUAUGAUUCUCAUAGCAAGAGAGUAUUCGAGCUAUCCAAGCAGAUGUGGGACCAAUGUGUGUGGGAACCUGAAUCUGAAGAGAAAAGGAAAACGAAGGAGAUGGUUAACAACAAAAUUGAUGAUUCUGCUGAUGACGAUGAUAAGAAGAAGAUCGUGAAGAAGAAGAAGAAGCGAAAAAUCACCACCGAAAGUGUUAAUGUUUACCACAAAGCAUUCCACAAAUACUGUGAAGAUAGAGGAUUAGAAGUGAAGUGGUUGGAGAAAGAGGAGAGAGACAAGUUGGACAAUCUUUGGAGACAGUUCAGCGAGCUGGAGUGCGACCUCAGGAUCUUAGAGAUCAAAUAUAACAGGUUGCGAAAUGACUUGGACGUAACCAUUUAUCGGCUUCUCAUACGCUGCUACAACAAUUUUCCUGCUCUUUUUAGCUUUGACUACUAG